AUGGAUAUUCAUGCAUCGGUCGAUCUUUUCUCCACCAAAAGUGUGGGCAUUGAGAAUGUUCGUCGCUCUGUCACAUAUCAUCCUACAAUUUGGGGAGACUAUUUUCUUGAUUACGAUUCUCACCUCACUGAUAUUUUGCCCCAUGAAGAGCAAGAACAUCAAAGCUUAAAAGAAGAAGUGAAGAAGUUGCUAGCGGAUGCUCCAGAUGAUUCUUUGCACAAAUUAGACCUCAUCGAGGCAAUCCAACGUCUUGGAGUUGGUUACCAUUUUGUAACAAAAAUUGAAAAUUCUUUAAAAUGCGUAUACAACACUUACAAUAAAAAUUGUGGUAAACAAGACACUAAUCUUCAUAGCAUUGCUCUUCAAUUUCGAUUACUUAGACAACAAGGAUAUUAUGUCUCAUGUGACGUGUUCAACAAAUUCAAGGACCACAAAGGAAAUUUUGAUGAAUCUUUGAUUAGCAAUGUACAAGGCUUGUUAAGUUUGUAUGAGGCCGCACAACUUAGAGUACAUGGAGAGGAAACUUUAGAGGAAGCACUGGAGUUUUCAACCACUCAACUCAAUUCCCUACUCCUCCAUGUGGGUAAUUCUCGGUCCACACGAAUUAAGGAAGCUUUGGAGAUACCAAUUCGUAAAACUGUGACUAGACAGGGAGCAAGAAAAUUCAUAUCUAUUUACCAAGAAGAUGAAUCACACAAUGAAAUACUCCUUAAUUUCGCGAAACUAGACUUCAACUUAUUGCAGAAGUCGCAUCAGAGAGAGCUAAGCGAAGUUACAAGGUGGUGGAAGGCGUUAGACGUUGAAAAUAAACUGCCUUUUGCAAGAGAUAGAUUGGUCGAAUGCUACUUUUGGACAUUGGCAAUAUACUUUGAGCCCCAGUACUCAAUUGGUAGGAAAAUGCUAACUAAAGUAAUCGUUAUGAUUUCUAUCAUUGAUGACAUCUUCGAUGUUUAUGGGACCCUAGACGAACUUACACUUUUUGUGGAUGCAAUUGAAAGAUGGGAUUCUAGUGUCAUAGAUCAGCUACCAACGUACAUGCAACAUUGCUACAAAGCUCUUUUAGAUGUUUAUGUCGAAAUUGAGGAAGAGCUGGGCAAGAUAGAAAAGUCUUGCCUUGUUCACUACGUGAUAGAAGAGACGAAAAGACUGAUGAGAACAUAUUUUCAAGAGGCAAAAUGGGUGUACAGUGGUUAUAUUCCAACACUGGAAGAGUAUUUAAAAGUGGGAAAACUAUCUAGCGUUUGCUUAUUGUUAUCUGCAGCUGCUUUGGCAGGCAUUGGAGAGUUAGUGAGCAAGGAAGCCUUUGAGUGGUUUGCAAGCGAUCCAUUAAUCCUACAGGGUUCGGAAAUUAUCGGUAGAUUAAUGAACGACAUGGUUGGAUUCGGGUCUGAGCAUAAAAUAACUGCAGUUGAAUGCUACAUGAAUCAAAACAAAGGUGCCUCAAAAGAGGAGGCAUUUGCAGAACUUCAAGAACUAGUUACGAAUGCAUGGAAAGAUAUAAAUGAAGAAUGCCUUCAUACAACCGCGGUGCCAGCCCCGACAACCCUUCUCCUGGAAAUAAGUGUCAACCAUGCGCGUAUCGAACAUCUUGUGUACAGAGACAUAGAUGAUUAUACAAAGUCUGAAGUCAAGUUAAAAGAUAUCAUAACAUGUAUACUAGUUCUACCUGUGUGA